GCUGCUGCUUUUUUCUCUCCCCUCUCUUUUGGAGUAGGCCUGCACGCGUUAAUGGCGCUUUCUCGCUUCUCCUUUCUGAAGAAUGGAUACCCCCACGCUGCAGCUUCCCUUCCCUCCUUUCUUUCCUUAUCAAUUCAAAAUUUUGGAUGAGAAUUCGCUCUCUAAGUUGCGUUGCUUCUCCCGCCGGCUCCAGGGCUGGGUCAUCUCCGCUCUCUGGCCCAAAGCACGUUGCUCCUCCACCUUGCUCCGGCGCUGGCUCAUCUUCGCUCUCUGCCCCAGAGCGCGUUGCUUCUUCGACCUGCAUCGUUGUGUUCCUUCUCCGCUCUGCUCCAGUGUGGUUUCCUUGCGCAAGACGGCGAGGAAUGUUCUUGCUGUAAGUCGCAGAUUCCAAGUGAUAAGAAGUUCCGGCUCUCUCUGAUUCGGCUUCAGAUUUGCUACGUUCGGGGCUCAUAACAGUGAGUUGAUUUGGCGAAUGCUUGCCGCGACCGGCUGCGUGCAGCGACAGAGGUGGAGAGAGCGAGUGGAGGAAGGUGAUGGAGGCGUCGUUAGGAAAGAUGGACGAGGAGGUUGGAGAAAAGGGGGUGGACGCGUCGAUGAGGACGGCGGGGUCGAUGGCAGUGGUGGCGGUGGUGGGGAAGGAGGAGGUUGUGGUCGCAAGCCGCGGGGAUUCGCGAACGGUGUUGUGUCGUGGCGAUGUGGUCGUGCCCUUGUCCGUUGAUCACAAGCCUGACAGGCCUGAUGAGAAGGAGAGAGUGGAAGUAGCUGGUGGAAGGGUCACAGAUUGGAAUGGAUCCUGUGUCCUAGGCGUGCUUGCUACAUCGAGGUCAAUCGGGGACUAUUAUUUGAAGCAAAACGUGAUGGCUGAGCCAGAGGUCACGGUAAGCAAGAGAACAAAGUUGGACGAUUUCCUUGUGAUAGCAAGCAAUGGGUUAUGGGAUGCACUCUCUAAUGAGGUUGCCCACCAGGUCGUGAGGAGAUGCCUCAACGGACAUAUAAAGAGGAGGUUCCCUAAGGAGCUGAGAGGAAGUAAUGCCGCCGAGGUGGCUGCGGUGCUAGCCGAACUAGCUGUGGCUCAAGGUAGCCAGGACAAUAUCAGUGUGAUUGUGAUCGAGCUGAAGAAACCAAACUAGUAAAAUGUAAAUAGGUACUCUGCAACUGAGAACGUUUCUUUAUGGCCGAUGUUGGGCUAAUCAAUGUUCAUCUUAUAUAACGACGUCAAGUUGUUAUUAAAAUGCCAGAUCCUUUGUGUCAUUGCUUUGUGUUGUUUAUCUUUUAUACCUCAAAUGAUGAACUUUUUUCCCAAGAUUGACAAUUACAACAACAA